AUGGAUGGUGGAUAGGAUAUUUAAAUGAACAAAAAUAAAAUGAAAUAAUUAUAUUAAUCUUUAUAAGAUUUAGAUAAAAACUUAAGAUUUUAAAAAGCAGUUAGACAUUUACAUGAUGCUUUAAAUUUAAGACCUGUAAGGAAUGAUAUAGAAAAUUCUAGGUAUAAAUUUGCUGUAUUUAUAUAUUAUAUUUAAAUUAAUUUUGUUUGGAAUUAUAUUCUUUUUCUUUUAUCUUUAGCUUAUCCUUUAUUGUCUUUUUUUGAACCAGCUAAUUAAUAUGAUAUUAAUAAUUAAAAAAUAUAUUCCUAUAAAAUUAGUGAAAUAUUAUCAUUAAUUUUAUUCUUAGUUGAUAUAACAAUGGAAAUUAUACAUAAUCUUCAUAAUUAUCUAUAAAGUUUUAAUUAUUAAUUUUUUUCUAAUAAAAAACUUUUAUGGCGUUUUUUAUUUAUUACAAUUUUAAUAAUUGAUUUUAUUUAUUAUUAUUCGAAGUUUACAUCUCUUAGAUUUGCUAGAUAUAUAAGACCGUUUUUAGUACUAUUUUAUUCAAAGGAAUUAAGAAGAUCUUUUAAAAGUAUAAUUGAAUCUAUUCGAUAGAUUUUUUAGUUAUUUUUAUUUUUACUUUUUAAUACUUUAAUUUUCUCGAUUAUUGGAUGGAAGUUUGUUGGAGAUUUAGAUGGAGCAUUUAAUUAUGAUCCUUUUUAAAGUAAUUUCGAUAAUGUUUUAACAGCUUCGAAUAUACUUUAUUCGUUAAUUAGUUUUGAUGGAUAUCCAGAAUGCAUUAUACCUUCUAUUUGUAAAUAUUAUAUUCAUAUUUUAUUUAAAUCUUUAUAAGCUUAAUCAUAGAUUUACAUAAUUUAUUUUAUCAUAUAUUUGAUAUUAUACUUAUUUAUUUUUAUACCUAUUCCAGUUGCUGUUGUAUUUGAAGCAUUUAGAGUAAACAGAAGAAAAACAGUUAUAAUGGAUAGAAUAAAAUAAAGGGAAGCUUUGUUAGCUUGUUUUAUAUCUUUAGAUUUUUAAGAUAAAAAAACUAUUGAUUAUAAUACAUUUUUUUUAUUUAUGAGUGCAAUUUAUUUACAUAAAAAGAAUUAUAUUAGAAGAAUAAAAAGUCUUUAUUUACAUUUAGAUAUUAAUGAUUAAAAAUUUAUUUCUUUGGAUUAAUUUUUUAAUAUAAUAGAUAUUUUUGAAAGUAAUGAUAAUUUCAGAAUUCCAAUGUUUAGAAAUAAUAAAUAUUGGGGUUUAUUUAGGAAAAUUUUAAAUAAAAAAUUACAUUUAAAAAAAUACGUGAAAAAUUAUAUAUUUGAGUCUUUGAUGUUUGUAGUUUUAGCAGUUAACUGCACUGUUUUGAUUAUAUCUUAAUUUUAAAAUGAAUAAAUUUAUGAUGAUAUAGACUCUUUUUUGGGUUAUUUUUAUAUUUUUGAAUUCGUACUUAAAAUUGUGGGUUUUGGAAUUGAAAAAUACUUUCAAGAUAAUUGGAAUUGCUUUGAUUUUGCAAUGAUAAUUGUAUCUUUAUCAAGUAAUAUUUUAAAUGAAGUUUUCAGAUUUCUAAAAAGCGCUAAAUCAGCAAAAACUACAAAAUUAAUAAAGUUGAGUAAAUUAAAUAGAAUUUUUAAAGUUUUUCAUACUAUAAAAAAUACAAAAUUAUUUAAUUGCUUAGCUAUAGGAGCAGAAACUUUAAAUUAAGUUUAAUUGCUUCUUAAAAAAAUUAUUAUGUGUAUUCCUUUAGUUGCCAAAUUAAUUCCUAUAAUUUUAAUGGUAUUUUAUUUAUAUGCAUUUUGGGGAAUGGAAACUUUUAAUACAUAAACUUUUGAAUUUAAAAAAGGUUCUCCAUAUUAGACUUAAUUUUUUGGAGAUUUUAAUAAUUUUUAAAAUUCUUUGCUUGUUUUGUUUUAGGUUAUGGUAUAGUCUAAUUGGAGUCUUUUUACUUAUGAUUAUGCUUAUAAAUUUGAUAAUUUGUAUAUUUCUAUGAUGUUUUUUGAUACUUUUGAUAUGAUUAUUUCACUUAUUUUACUUUCUUUGAUUAAGGGUAUUGUUUGGGAAGUUUUUACUGUCGUAGAUAAUGAAAUUAAACAGGCUGAAAUUAUUCAAUAAUAAAUUGAAAUAGAUGAAAUUAAUUCAGAAAUGAAUAAAUUAUAAUAAUAAAAAAAAAUUAAUUAUAAGAAUAUUCAAAUUGUAAAUGGAAUUAUUGAAUAUAAAAAAAUAUUAAAAAAUAUGAGAAAUAUAUCGCAUAAAAAUAGCUUUAUUUAUGGGGAAGGGCAAGUUCAAAAUUCGCCGAAUUUUAAUGAUUAAAUUUUCAAUAAAAUUAAAAAUAGUUUAGAUAAUUUAGAAAAAAUAAAUGCUAUAGGUAAUUUAAAUAGAAUAAUGUAAAUUUAAAUACAAAAUAAUUAAUAAGAUUUUAAAAAUAAAUAAUUAACAGAAUAUAAUUAAAAUAAUUAGCUUUUAAUGAAAAAUAGCAUUGUUGGACCUUUUGUUUUAUUGUAAAAAAUUAAAUCUAAUAUAUAUAAAAUAAAAAAUAUAAAAUAUGAAUAUUUAUAUUAUAUAAGUAUUAUUGUAAAUAUAUAAAUAUAUAUAUAUAUAUAUUUAUAUAUUUUAUAUAUAUUUAUAUUUUUAUAUAUUUAUAGUCAAAAUAGUUAAAAAAUAUAAUAAAAGAAAAGUUUAACUAAUUCUAUUUCUUCAAUUUAAAAUGAUUAUCAAGAAUUUAUUAUGUAAAUUGAUGACCCAAAUAUUCUAUAAAAAGAAUAAAUAUAUGAAUUGAAACUUAAAAUUAAAUCAAUUAGUUAUUUAAAGAAAAUUUAAUAUAUUGAAAUGAGAAAAUUUAUUUAAACUUAAAUUUAAAGAGAAAUUGAUUUUACUUAAGAAUUUUUACUUUCUGAUGAUCCUAACAGCGUUAAACUUUACUGUAAAUAAUUAAAUGAAGAUAUUAUUGAGGAUUCUAAUUAAGAAUCUGAAAAUGAAGAGUAUAUUAAAAGAGUUAUUGAAUUAUAGAAAGAAAAAAAUUAAUAUGGAUGUGAAGAAUAAUCAAUCAAUUCUAAUUUUGUAUUGAAAAAAGCUUUAUUGAAAGAUUCAAAUAUGGAUAUAAUAAAAAAAUUAGAAAUUAAUUACUUUUAAGAUUGUUAUGGAACAUUUUUCAAUAUUUUUCAUGAUGUAAAUGCCACACCUAUAUUAAAAUAUGAAAGCUUCCUAAAAAGGAAGUUUAGUAAAAUUUGUAUUUUAGGAUUCUGGAGAUAAUUGGUUUUGUAUACAUUAAUAUAAUAAUAAGGUAUUUCCUUGUUUGUUAAAAUAAGGACCUUGGUCUUUUUAUGA